AUGUUUUAUUCGAAACGCAUACACGAUGAUCACCUUUACGUCAACCACAUGGUUCGAAUGGUUUAUGAAAUCGUCUUAUCACUUUCUCUUCUUGCUACGCUAUUUGUAGAUUUGGAUUGGGUGGCUCUUUUUGCUUUCUUUUUAUUGCCCGUUCAAGCGACGACCUUUGCUUUGGCUGGUGUCACUAUGCAUCGUCCUGUCGAAUGGGCCACGGCUAUUAUUUUACCCUCGCAUAAUGACAUGGGAUUGGUGUACUUUUGCAUUGGGAAGGCCUGUGUGAAUCUGGAAAUGGGAACCGACAGAUACGAAUGUAUUUGA